CUCGCCAUCCAAAUGAAUCGAGAGCGUUUUGCAAAUGGUGCCCUUGAUCUCAAUAAUAUUGAUCUGGAAUUCGAAUCGACGAAUAACACCUCACUUGAUUUGGGUGCUUCAUUGAUGUCUGCUUGGCCUUCAGCUUUUCGUCUCAAGCUACGAGGAGACAGCGAUCGCCUAAUAGAAGAGUGGAUGUUAGCGGCCAAUAUUGCCGUUGCCCGCUCUCUAUACGCUGGGGUACAACAUUUUUCAUCAUCACAUGGCCUUGACAAAAAUCCCUUGUAUACACGUAAAUUUGAGGCUCUGUUACGUGCACACGAACCAAUACGGAUCGACCUGGUCCAUGAUCUGGCCCGUCUAGGGAAAGCAGCGCAGCUUAAAGUUGAUUUACUCCGAGAUGAAACAACCCUAGGAGUUAAUAUCGUGUUUUAG